GCACCAAUAAACCAAACUAAGAAAAAAUAACUCACCGUCACUGCGGGCGUGUCUUUGAGGGGCGUGUCUCUAAAUUUCUGCCGUCUGCAGCCGGAUCCUUCCCAUUUCUUGGUGUGACGUAUGUUGCGUUUCCGGGUGAGAGUUCACGAAACAAUAAUGGCGGUCGCAUGCUCGGUGUAAGCGUGUUGUAGUAGUUUGAACACACAAACGCUUAAAAGCCUGCAGUAUGAAGGAGACACCUUUGUCUAAUUGUGAACGGGACUUCUUGCUCAAAGCCAUCGAAGAAAAAAAGCGCCUCGAUGGACGGCAGACAUAUGACUACAGAAAAACAAAGAUUGUGUUUGGGACAGACUUUGGAUGCUGCUUUGUGGAGCUGGGGAAAACGAGAGUCAUGGCCCAGGUGUCCUGUGAGCUGGUGGCCCCCAAGGAGAACCGGCCAAAUGAGGGGUUCAUGCUUUUUAAUAUAGAGCUGUCACCAAUGGCAUCACCAGCAUUUGAACAGGGCAGGCAAUCAGAGCUGUUAGUGAAGCUAAACCGGCAGCUGGAGAGAUGCUUACGGAACUCCAAGUGCAUUGAUAUUGAAUCUUUGUGUGUGGUGUCCGGAGAAAAGGUGUGGCAAAUUCGAGUAGAUGUUCACAUGCUGAAUCAUGAUGGGAACCUAAUGGACGCUGCCAGCAUCGCUGCUAUUGCCGCUUUGUGCCACUUCAGAAGACCUGAUGUUGGCAUUCAGGGAGAUGAAGUCACUGUGUACAGUCCAGAAGAAAGGGAUUUCAUUCCUCUUAGUAUCUACCACUUGCCCAUCAGUGUCAGCUUCGCCUUCUUUCAAAAAGGGACUUAUCUGCUUGUAGAUCCAUGCGAACGAGAGGAGCGUGUGAUGGAUGGCUUGCUGAUGAUUGCCAUGAACAAACACAGAGAAAUCUGCUCAAUUCAAUCCAGCGGAGGCAUCAUGUUGCUAAAAGAGCAGGUAAUGAGAUGCAGCAAAAUAGCCAGCGUCAAAGUGUCAGAAAUCACGGAGCUCAUCAGUAAGGCCCUGGAGAACGACAAAACCGCUCGGAAAGCAGGCAGGUGUGGUUUCGCAGAGUCGAUGCCUCAACAGCGCAUCACCGCCUUGAAAAAAGACGAGACUGCAGUAGAAAUGACGGACGUGUCGGAAAAAGCCACUGACAUCAUCCAGAAGACAGAGGCUCCUCCUUCCAUCACUACUAGCAUUCAGGAGCUGACAACGCCCGUGCCAGGUGUGGGUCUGGUCGGACAUGGGGUGCAGAACAGCUGGGGGAUUGACGAAGAUGAACAAGAUGAGAAAGAAGUCAGCAGCGACGAAGAAGCAAAGAUGGAAAUGGAACAGAAACAAGUGGAGCAAGGAGAUGUGGUCGAAUUAUCGGACAGUGAGGAGGAGGACGUGGUUGUACUUCAUCCAGAAACAGCAGACCGAAACUAUAAGAAUACAAGUUCAAGUUCCCACCAGAAGGGGCCAGCAGGGUCAAAGAAAAAGCUCAGAAAAUGAAACCAUUCCCAGCAAUGUAAUUCAAACCAAAUGUAUUUCUUGUUUAUCUUCUCUUUAAAUUAGUUUAAAGUAACAUUUGAAAAUAUCCCUAUUAUAUUUUGCAUUCCAGAUGUACAGUAUAGAAACCACAAGCACUCAGAAAGCAAAGCAAAAUCUGAAAAAAGCUACAGUAUCUGAACUUGGAAGCAGAAAUGAAAGUGGAUUUGGACAAAACAUAACCCUUUGAAGCAGUGAAGAUCCUACAUAAGGAUGUUGCCACUUUAAGUAAAAGUACCAAUGAAUGUCACACACACACUAGGUGUGGUGAAAAUUGUCCUCUGCAUUUGACCCAUCCCCUAUUUCACCCCCUGGGAGGUGAGGGGAGCAGUGGGCAGCAGCGGUGGCCACGCCCAGGAAUCAUUUUUGGUGAUUUAACCCCCAAUUCCAACCCUUGAUGCUGAGUGCCAAGCAGCCAUAUAUUGCUAUCUCAAAUACAAACGUCAAUGACUUUUUCCAUGUUGCAUUAGCUUGGUAACACAUGACAUGACUGCAUAUGGAGCAACUGGAGAAUUUUGCUGGUCUGCGGGUGGACUAAGCAUCAAAUCUUUGAAUUGAACAUCUAUCUACAGGAUACAAAGCAUAUUUAUUGAAUUUGACUUCAAAUGUCUAGACCUCUCAUAUUGCGUAUCUGGUAAUAUUAAUUUGAAUUGUCUCUUAUAAUGCUUUUGAAUUGACUUAUGAUGGUGAUUUUGAGCUGUUUCCCAACCUUUAUUCAACCUAAAGGAUAUUUUACAUCAGAAAGUGUGUAAUGAUUUCUUAUCUUGUGGCAACACGGGUUGAUUUCCAUCUACUGGAACGUUAUUUGUUACUGCCUCAUUAACCUGUACAUCGCUGACAUUGACAAAUAAAGGUAGUUUUUACACAAA